UUUUCUUUUUCUUUUUUUCUCUUUCCUUCAUUUCCAUAAUGUAUACUAAAAUAGAAGAUAUUCCUUCUAUUGUUCACUCAUUACGUAAAACCUUUCAACAAGGCCUUACAAAAGACAAAGAUUACAGAAGACAACAAUUGAUUCAUUUUCAAAGAUUUUUACGUGAAAGAGAAAAUGAUAUAAUUCAUGUCUUAAAAAAGGACCUUCAUAAACAUGAACUUGAGACGAUUAUUGGUGAAAUAGCGCCUGUUUCUGCUGAAAUUGAUUAUAUGCUUAACAAUCUUAACAAAUUAACAAAGACUACAUCAGUUAAACCUCACUUUAUAGUAAACUCAUUGGAUAAAUGUACAAUAAGAAAGGAACCAAAGGGUGUUGUUUUAAUUAUAGGUUCCUGGAACUACCCUAUUCAUUUACUUUUACUUCCACUUGUGGGUGCAAUUGCAGCUGGUAAUUGUGUACUCUUGAAGCCCUCAGAAGUAGCAAGUCAUACUUCAGAGUUUAUAGCUAAUGUUCUUCCUGAAUAUCUUGAUCCACAUUCUUAUUCAGUUGUACAAGGAGGUGUUGAAGAAACAACAGCACUUUUAUCUGAACAAUUUGAUCAUAUAUUUUAUACGGGUAAUGGAGCAGUUGGCAAGAUUAUUAUGGCAGCAGCAUCAAAGCAUUUAACACCCGUUACACUUGAACUUGGUGGAAAAUCGCCUGUUAUUAUUGCUCCAGAUGCAAACCUUCAAAUUGCUGCAAAUCGUAUUAUUUGGGGAAAACUUUUUAAUGGUGGACAAAUCUGCGUUGCUCCAGACUAUGUCCUCAUUCCAAAAAAUAAUGUAAAUGAAUUUGUCGACAUCUGCAGAAAGGUCAUUUAUGAGCGAUUCGAAGAAGAUCCUCAAAAAUCAGACUCUCUCUGUCGAAUGGUGAAUGAACGUCGAUUUGAUGCACUCAAAAGCUUGAUUGAUUCUGUCAAUGAUCCAAAAAAGAUAGUAAUAGGAGGUCAGACGGAUAAAAGUGAUUUAUAUAUUGCUCCUACUGUCAUUAGUCCUGUUGAACCAGCUGGAAAUCCAUUAAUGGAUCAAGAAAUCUUUGGUCCUAUUCUUCCUAUUGUUCCUGUUGAAGAUAUAGACGAAGCUAUUCGAAUUGUGAACUCAAAAGAUACUCCAUUGGCUUUAUAUAUUUUUACAGAUGAUAAAGUAACAAGAGAAAAAAUCCUUGAUCAAACUCAAUCUGGCGGUGUUGUAGUAAAUGAUGUUUUAAUGCAUGUUCAGGAACUAGCUUUACCUUUUGGUGGUGUUGGGCCAAGCGGUAUGGGUUCUUAUCAUGGAAUUAAAUCAUUUGAAACAUUUACUCAUGAACGUACAACGAUGAUUAAAUCAUCUGGACUUGAGGGUAUCUUGAUGAGUCGUUAUCCUCCUUAUUCAGAUAAUAAGACCAUUUUCUUUACAAUGCUUACAAUGGGUUUGCCUGAAGGAUGGAUCAAUAAGGUGAAGGCUAUCUUUACUACUUUUAAAUCUUCUUAUCAUAUCUUUUUUAAGAAUGAAGGCAAAAAGAAGAAUGAAAGUAAGCUUUAAGGAGAGUAUAAUAAUCUUAUUAUGGAGCAAAAUAAAUAAAAACGUAUAUGAAGAAUAUAUUCUUCACCAACAUAAAAAAAA